AUGAAGAACAAGCCCUCUCCUCCCUUCACCUUCUUUACUGGAAUUGUUCCAUCGUGCUCAUUCAUCAACAAGUCGUUUGUAUUUCUGGGAACUGGUGAAUGUGGCAAAUCAUCAUUUGCACGACAAUUAAUUUCCAAUCAAGUUGUUGUUGAUAAGAAUUUGAAAAUUCAUUCCGAACAUAUUCAAUAUAGUGUUCUUCAAAAUUUGGUGAAUAUUACAACAAAUGCGCAGGUUAGAAGGAAUAUUACAGGUGAUGAUGAAAAUAUUGUCAAGCAAUUAGCUCACCUAGUGGAAAAUUAUGUUGACAGUCAUUUUGAAAGGAGACAUUUGGAGGUGUUGUUGAAGAAUUGCAAGAAUUUUAUCAAAUUAUUGAAAAAUCCAGCAGUUUGUGAUGUGAUUGACAAUCCAGAACUGUAUCCUCUCCUUCAUCUCGCAGGAAAUCAUCAAUAUUUCUUUAAGAAUAGUGAGAGAAUUCUACUUUCGAAUAAUUAUGAGCCAACAAUUGAGGAUCUGGCAAGAUUACAGAAAAAGACAGUCGGAAUUGUAAAUUGUGGAUCAACUGAAUUUAAAAAUUUCAAAUUGACCAUAACAGAUACAGGAGGACAAAGAAAUGAGAGAAAGAAAUGGAAACAUGUAAUUAGUGCAAAUCCUCUUCCAGAUGCUAUCUUUUUCAUGGUUUCAUUAAGUGAAUGCUUUCAAUAUUGUUAUGAAGAUCAGAAUGAAAAUAGAAAUCAUUCACAGACAAAAAGUUGUCUUUUCCUCUCUCUUUCCAGAAUUUGUGAAAAGCUCAGAACAAGUCAAUCAAGUGAAGGAUUUUCUCAUGAGUAG